UACUUCCUUUUGGGAAAAAAAUUUUUUUUUUUCUUCUUACCAUCUGGCGGGUUACAGAUCAUAAAUAUAUUUAUAUAUAAUCCAUAUAUAUUCUUCUUCUCUUGUAUCCUAUCUCCUCCAAUUUCCUUUUUUUUUUUUUCGUCGAUAUAUAUUGAAAAUAAAGUAUUGGGUUUUGGGUUUAGAGGGGUUUAAUUUGUUUAAUGGGUGCAAACGUGUCUGGUGGUAGAUCGGAUUGUGACGGAGAUGGUUCUUUGUUGAGGAGGCCUAGAUUUGAUGAUAUACCGGAGAGCUGUGUGGCAUUGGUGUUGAUGCGGUUAGACCCGACGGAGAUUUGCAAUUUGGCUCGGUUGAAUCAGGCUUUCCACCGUGCUUCUCGAGCUGAUUUCAUAUGGGAAUCAAAAUUGCCUUCCAAUUAUAGGUUCAUUGCAGAAAAAGCUCUUGGAGACACAGCUCUUUCGACGUUGAGCAAGAAGGAAAUUUAUUCCAGGUUGUCCAAGCCCAACUCCAUUGAUGAUGCCACCAAGGAGGUAUGGUUAGAUAAGAAUUCAGGUGGGAUUUGCUUGUCAAUUUCUUCCAAGCUUCCCCCGAGUUCGCCGCAAAACUCCACUUCUUCGCCGAUUCUCCCUCUAGGGUUUCCGACGAGGUCAUAAAUUCUUAACUUUGAUUCCUUUCCCUUCCCUUCUCCUUUUCGUCCUCCAAAGCUCUCUCCUUUCCGUGUUUCUUUUCCUUCUUUUUCCCCUUUUCCAUUACCCAAUUCGUUGUUUUAAUCUCUUCCUUUGCAGAAUUCAGCAAUUUUGCUGCGUUUCUAUUUUAAUUUCGAAUGCCCCAUUUUUUUUUUAUCUGUUACUUUUUGGGUUUUUUUUUUUUUUUUUUUUUUUGUUCAACUUUGCAUGUUUUGAAGUUUUGAUAAAUAAAGUUUUGAUACUGUCUCAGGAAUUCAAGUUUAGAAGAAGAAUUUUAACCGAUUUGGUAGGCAUCGUUUGUAAGAAUGGAAGCUAGUCUGGAUUUCUUGAACUACCUUGAUGAAAACUUGUCACUAAAGAUUAUGACAUGUUUGGACGAUCCAUCUGAUAUUGUUCGUGCCGCUUCUGUCUCCCACAAUUGGUUACAUUUUGGUGAGUUGAAACAACUUGAUGUAUUCAGGGACUCAAUUCUUUGUUUU